ACGGACUCCUUCACACCAGGUGGCCACACUGAGGUUGUAAAGUCCAUUCAACGUGUUUGUCGGUGAAGCGAUCAAGAACAUUAUAAACAUCAACCGUCUGCAGUGAUUCCUUCUCGUUUGACCAAAAAACUUGAGUUUUAGUGGGAGCGGAGGGGAGUUGGAAGAAAAUGGACCAGAGAGCUUGGAAGAACCCAUACGCAGACUAUGAUGGGAACCCUGCAUCUGUGCAAGAACUAUUUGAUUCACAAGGAAAGCUCACAGCAGAGUUUGCAGGGCGGCUGAGCAAUGCCAUCAGUCAGCUGUUGAUGCACAUGGAGAAUGGGCUCAAGUCUGCUGACCCUAGAGAUUGCACUGGCUACACUGGCUGGCCAGGCAUCGCCCUGCUUUACCUGCACCUCCACGGUGUGUUCGGCGAGCCUUCAUUCCUGCAGAAGGCUCUGGACUACGUGGGCCACAGCCUGACGUGUCCGACGCGGCGACGUGAUGUCACCUUCCUGUGCGGUGAUGCUGGACUGGCCGUGGCUGCAGUGGUCUACCACAGAGUACAGAGGGCACAGGAGUCAGACGAAUGCCUCAGCAGGCUGCUGCAGCUCCAUCAGUCGGUGGUAAUGGGCUCCGGGCCAGGUCUCCCUGAUGAGCUGCUCUACGGCAGGAUGGGUUCUUACGCCCUGACCUUCAUCAACCAGCAGUUUGGCCACGACAAGAUCCCCAUCCAGUACAUCCAACAGGUCAGUCGUAGGCUCACGGUUAAGCUUCAUCACAUACACAUUGGAUAUGUAUUCAGUGACCAGAGCCCUCUGAUGUUCGAGUGGUACCAAGAACAGUAUGUAGGCCCCGCCCACGCCUGGCAGCAUCUAUACUUCCUCAUGCAGCCAGGCUAUGUGGCGGGGGAUGAGAGGGUCCAUAGACUGGUGAGGCCUAGCGUGGACCACGUCUGUCGACUCCGCUUUCCCACUGGGAACUACCCCUGCAUAGGGGACAACAGGGACCUGCUGGUGCACUGGUGUCAUGGAGCCCCAGGCAUUAUCUACAUGCUGCUGCAGGCCUACAAGGUGUUUGGAGUGGGCCAGUACCUGGAAGAGGCUCUACAGUGUGGGGAGGUGGUGUGGCACAGGGGCCUGCUGAAGAAGGGCUACGGCCUGUGUCACGGCGCCGCGGGUAACGCCUACGCCUUCCUGGCCCUCUACAAGCUCACCCAUGACCCCAAGCACCUCUACAGGGCCUGUAUGUUUGCAGACUGGUGCAUGAACUACGGCAAACAUGGCUGCAGGACACCGGACACUCCUUUCUCAUUAUUUGAAGGCAUGGCUGGAACCAUCUACUUCCUGGCGGACCUCCUCCAGCCCCUGAAAUCAAAGUUCCCAGCAUUUGAGGUGUAAAAGGUAUCCCUGCUUACCCCUGGUCUCCUGCCUGCUGCUCUGGAAACUAMCAUACACAUCCAAGCACCUAAUCUCUCUCCAUCUCUCUCACACACACACACCGAGACAUUUAAAGAAACACACACAGGCAUAUACACCGCAGAGUCACCUCUGCAGGUGAUAAUCAAGAUGACUUUUUCCAUCACAACAAAAUCUUCCCACAGUCUCUCCUUAUUGGCUGAACGAACAGUAAUUGUGUGUUGUAGGGAGGGGGACCAGGGACAACAAUCAGUGCAAGGUGACAUUUGCACGAGCAAAUGGCAUUGAGCAGUGAGCAAAAGAACCAUAAGAUUUCAAAUAGAUGUGAAGGCAAAUUACUAAUGUGAAUUCCAAAAACUUCAAUCUCAAUUGCAUCGCAUACAUCGCUGCAUUGCUGAGUUGACUAAACCCUGGCUAAAUUCUUGCCUUCUUUAUAACACUACUUGUUGAAAAGUUCAAAUUAAAUCAUGCUUUAUAAUGUUUUAUCAUGCAGAUUGAGUUUUAUGGUAUUCUUUGCACAGAGCUGCACCUUUUUUUUUGCGUGAGGAAAAUGUCGCCCCUAGUCUAAUAUGUGCAUGGUGCAUGGGGGUUUCAAGUGUUAUGCACUGAAACUUGCUCACUAUUUUGUGUCUAGACAUGGGGCAUAAGCAGAGAGAACCACCUCGAGUGGAUUUUCCAUUUAUGGACAUCAAUUCGAUAUUUACUUUUCAUUKAUUUUAUGACUCAUUGAGACUUCAGUUUAUCUGAGAUGAAAUUGACUACGAUUUUUUUGCUCGGGCUGUAGUCUGGUCAAAAGGUAGUCCUCUCAACUCGGGACCAUAAUUACCCCCUUGGUGACGGGGGUUGGAGCCCUGUCUCCACCUCUCCUGUCGAUAUCCCUUUUAUCUGUCUCUACUGUCCAGCUGUACUGUCUAUGAAUCAAUAAAAAUACCAAGGGGAUCUGAGUACCGACCAAUCUCCUAUUAAAAAAAUAAAUAAUCUUUGCUCCAACAUUCAUGUUUGUUAAUUGUUAAUUUUAGAUUUCACCUUUUUUUUUAAUAACCGGAAUAGAAAUUCCAUGGUGUAGAGGAUUUUUCAUCUUUGCAGAUUGUGGCUGCAAUAGAAACUUUGUAGUAAAAUUAUUAUACUGUGUGACAAAGUACUACAGUAAAACUGUAAUGACCAUGUGACGCAUCAUAAGUUGUGUGUGUGUGUGAUGUACGCUUGUACUGCUCAUCUACGGUUUCUUCACAUUUCCAUUGGCUAAAUAAUAAAACAAGGUAUUUUUUACAUCUCACCUGUCUGUUACCUUUGCUAUUAAACUAUUAUUCAUCGUUCUAGUG